AUAGGCCAAUUGGCGCGGUACGCGAGCUGCUGGCGGAAUGGUCCUGAACCAGGUACGGGCCGUUUUCUUUGAUCUGGACAACACGCUCAUCGACACGGCCGGGGCGAGUAGAAAAGGCAUGUUGGAGGUAACGUCCCGACUCCCGCGGCCCUCCUCCAGGCUGGGUCAGCGCGCCCACUCCGUAUCACGCGCUUUCCUAUCCCCUUGGUGUCUUCCCACCCCCGACCUUUCCAGUGCCAUCUCCGCCGACACCACGCCGGGGCCAGGUCAUCCCGGAGGCACUGGCUUCUCGUCCUUUGAGGCAACCCCCCCGCCCCCCGCCCCGUGUCGGAAGGAGCGGGAAAGAAGGACAAGUGGGCAGGGGGUGAUGGCUGGUGCUGGUGCCUUUACCUCACGCCCAGCCGCUUGGGUUACCUGCCCAGGUUCGGACCAGCUAGGUGACUGCGCGCCAGCUUCUCCGCGGUUGAUUUCCGGGAGGGUCGUACCCACACUGCGUGGUCUUCGAUGGAUCUUUGAGGAGACCCAGGAAGUUACACAACUGUCAGUGGCGAGGCUGGACUUAAUUGACUCCAGAAAAUUUUCUCCGCAGGAAUUCACCUCCAGUCUUCCUGCCCCCAACCAGGAUCGAGUACGGGGAGGGAGCAGUUUCUCUUGGUGCCAGCAGGGAUUUGCACUGCAGGAGGCUACUUGUGGGCCCCCACAGACGCUGCCACCAACUCCCACUGGGGAUUGCAUAGGGGGAGGGAGCAGUUUUUCCUGGUGCCAGCCAGGAAUCGCGCUGCCACUGCCUGAGGCUCUGGGCACUCCUGGAAAUGAGGUGUGCACUCCCGCAGCCAAAGCGCUCGCCACCGCCUCCACUGCCAACUCCUUGCUUGGAUCGCGUAGGGGUGGGGCCUGUUUUUUCCCUUGUUGGCACCUGGGAUUUAGGAUUUGCACGGCCAAUGCCGGAGGCGAGAUUCACUCUGGAAAUGAGGUGUGUGCUCCUGCUACAGCAGCCAAGGCUGAAGAGCUCGUCGCCGGGGCUGCCACUGCCCCAGCCGCCGACUCCCUGCGGGAUCGCAUAGGGGUAGAGGCUGUUCUUUACCUUGUGUCACCCGGGACUUUACACUGGGAAGAAGCAAUCCAAGAAACAAAGGGUGGUGCAGCCAAUAGGAAAUUGGCUGAAGAAUGUUAUUUCCUGUGGAAAUCUACACGUUUACAGCAUAUGAUACUACCAGAAGAUGUCAAAGCCAUGCUCACUGAACUUCGAAAGGAGGUUCGCCUACUUUUACUAACAAAUGGAGACCGCCAGACCCAAAGGGAGAAGAUAGAGGCUUGUGCCUGCCAGUCCUAUUUCGAUGCUAUCGUUGUAGGUGGAGAGCAGAAAGAAGAGAAACCAUCACCUUCCAUAUUUUAUUACUGCUGUAAUCUCCUUGGAGUACAGCCUGACGACUGUGUGAUGGUUGGUGACACAUUAGAAACCGAUAUACAAGGAGGCCUUAAUGCAGGGCUAAAAGCAACAGUCUGGAUAAAUAAAAAUGGAAUAAUGCCACUGAAGUCAUCCCCCAUGCCACAUUAUAUAGUUUCUUCUGUGCUAGAGUUACCUGCUGUUUUACAAAGUAUAGACUGUACAGUUAGUACGUCAGCUUAAAGCACAUAAAAGGGCAUGAUUAUGUAUUUUAGGGUCAAAUUACAGAGUUUGAACUAAGAAAAGUUAAGGCAUUCCAUAUAUUAUGACCCAGUUCUAAGAAUAAUUUUACUUAAGAUUCAGUGGCCAACCAACCAUUGACUGGUAUUUAUAUCUGGAAAUCCAGAGUACAUUAAUUAAUACAAGUUACUUUUAGUAGUAUAAUCCAGAAAACUUGAGGAAAUAUAUUAUUUGUUAAAUCCGUGACUUGAGGUUUUUAAAGAAUUAUUUUAUUAAUCAUUUAGUAUCUUGGAUCCAUGAAGAUACCACGCAAGAUAGUUUAUACGUGGCUGCACAAAUACAAGUUUUAUGUUCUGUCUUAAAAAUAGAUAUAUUUUAAAAAUAGAUAUUCCAGAAAAUAUAUAUUAGAGAUUUAUUAGAAUAACCAAAUCUGGUUAAUAGUAUAUAGUACUAAGUCACAUGUCAAUUACGGCAUUCCAUGGUGAAAUUAUUUUGCAUAUUUUCUUUUUUAAAACAUAUACCAUAUUUUUGCCUACUUUGAAUUACAUACAUUCUUUUAUGAAUCUAAUUUUUCUGCAUGACCUUUUUCUGGGGGUUUAGGCAGGGGUACAAUUUUCCUAUGGUGUAUACACAACAAAUAGAUUCCUGUAGUAAAAAAGCUUAAAAUCAGCAUGUGGUGCUUUUUUUCUAUGAUAUUUUAACAACUUUCCAGAGUGUACUUGUAGGUUCUUACUAGUCUUUACCUCUUACGGAAGUAUUUUUACAAUCUUUUCCCAGGUACACAAUGGGGUUAAGGGGAUUAGACUGUCUUGCUGAGGAUAAGUACAAGCCACAUGGUACCAAGUCAUUUUCCUUCUGUGGAUACUUCAGAGGUGGAUUGCCUUGGUGCAGCCUAACCUUGCAGCUCGCCUGUAAAUUCUUUACAGACUUGAACAGUUUUACCCAUAUGAUGAAAAUGAGGAGAAAACUAUGUUUUGCUAUGAAAUAAUUCCAGGGUGCCAUUGUAAUAUAACUUAAAGGGCUCUUGGUGUUACGAUCUGCCUUAAGUUCCUUUUUUCAAAUUUUAGGAAAUGUAUCCUUGUUUUACAAUUUCUAUAUUGAAUUCAUUGUUCACUUUGGGCUUAUUAAUUAAUGAUUAAGGCAUCUUGCAACUAUAAAACUUUUUCUAGGCCAUUAAGCUAGACUGUCUCAUGACUUCAGUCAAACUUAGAGUAAAAUGGUUUAUUAAGGAGAAAUGAAAGAAUGAGUUGGGUUGGUUUUGGGCAGGUUUUUGUUUUAACCUUUGUAUAAGAAACUACUAAUGUAAAAUAUUAGACUUUUAAGAUAUGUAUAGCUAUGACUCAUUUAAAUACCCUAUGAUUAUGAUACUUACAUUCUAGAUUAUGCCUAUCUAUAACAUUUGUUUAGCCAUUCAUUUCCUGUCUACUGCCAAAAAAUUAUUCUCUGCCAUUGUGCAAGUGUCCUGUUGUGUUUACUUCUCACUCUUAAUAUUUAAAACUGUGAUUGUGCCCUUGACUGUCCAAUAGUGAACAGGGUGUGUUUGUGUAUAGUUCCGUAUGACCUUGAUUAUAUUUUAGCUAUUUAAAAAAUAUUAAAUUGGAAGAUCUUGACAGAAAAAUAA